AUGGGGAACAGAGCGAGACCGAGGGAUAAAGACAAAGAAGUGAUGAAGUUGACUGAUGAUCCUGGAGCUUUACCCGCUUUGCCUGCGGGUCAAAUUCUUGCUGAGAACAAAACAAUGGUUAUUACUGAAACAGAAGCAAGAGUGCAGGAUGAGGCAGGUGGGAAAAGCUCUGCAAUGGAGACUGGUGUCUUGGCUGAAGACACGGCUAAAAAGAGACUUAGGGAAAAGGAGGGGGGUGACCAGGCUGCCUGGUUUGGGCAGCAGAGUCUGCAGACACACAGAGAAAGUCAAAAAGAGCAGGUAGCUUUCUCAUCAGUCCCCACCACACAUCCAGCGACAGAGGUGCUCCAGAAACCAGAAUUAGGAAUACCUUUAGGACUGCUGUCUAAAGCUGCUUGGAGAAAAAGCUCCUCUUCAUCAUCCAAGACCUCCACCUCCUCUACAACCAAAGUUUCCUAUUUGCCUUCCUCCUCCUCCUCUCCAUCCACUCUAAGCAGUUACAGAGAAAGUCAAACAGCAACUCCAAUCAAUGUCUCUCUGGUUUUUGCCAACAGCAACUCCUCGACCAGCAACAUCAGCACUAGUUUUGAUGAGUCAGUUAGUAGCCUGCCAGCAUGGGAUCUCCCCACUGUUCCAGAAUCGCUACUGUCCACUGUGGGUGACCACGAUGUAACACUUCCUGCCAAUGUCACCAGUCCCUUUUCCACCCACAAAUGGAACACCACUGUGCCCACUCGCACCAGAAACAGCUCACGGCUCACGACCACAUCGACCGCGACCAUAAACACAUCGCUUUCACCCAAUAAUGCGGGCAGUGACCACUGGGAGCACUGUUACAGUACCACCAAAUACCACUGCUGCUACAAACAUGCCGCAAACAACAAGCCUCGAACAUAUCACAGAAGCCACAACACUGCCUACAACUACUACAACUACAACUGCUACAACAACCACCACAACUACUGUACCCCCAACCACCACCACAGCUCCAACAACCACUACUACAACUACUCCACCCACAACUACAACAACUGCCACCACCACUACUACUACCACACAACAACAACAACAACAACAACAGAAGAACCUGCCACCACUGAGGUCAUCCUGAUCCAAACAAUACCUCCUCCAACCACCACUAUAGAACCUCCAAUCAGUACCAGCACAGUGGAAAGUCCUCUCCAUGCAACAUGA